UGCUAACAGCAAGCACAUGAAAUACCUCUGCAAUCUCAAAUCUUUGGAUUUUCUCACUCAUCAUUAUUUCCUCAUACCCAACAUCUUCUGCCUCUCACUAAACCCUACCAAAACCCAUGAUAAGAUGCUCUACCACUCUCCACCUGUUCAAACCACUGAAAGCACAGAACCCACUUCCACUGCUUUCUCUAUGCUCUUUCAGUCUUGCAGAGACUAUAACCACCUCACGCAAAUUCAUGCCAAAGUACUAGUGUCUGGUUUUCAGGGUAACAUGUUCAUGUUGAACAAAAUUGUUGCUUUAUACAUUACAUUCAGUGAUUUGCAGCUUGCCCAUCUGGUUUUUUCUGGAGUGAGAAGGCCUACAUGCUUCAUGUGGAAUGUUAUGAUCAGGGGCUAUGCCACAGGAGGUCAAUUUGUGGAGUCAAUCCAGUUGUACUGUAAGAUGUUAGAGAUGGGCUUCUCACCUGAUAAGUUCACGUUCCCUUUCAUUCUGAAAUCUUCCGCUGGCUUGUCGGAUUUAGAGAGAGGAAAAGUCAUUCAUGGACAUGUUAUACGUUAUGGAGUUCAUAAUGAUCGCUUUGUGGAUGCGGCCCUCGUAGACAUGUAUGCAAAAUGCGGUUCCAUAUGUAUCGCUCGUCUAGUGUUUGAUAAAAUGGAAGAGAGAGAUUUGGUUUCAUGGACUGCCAUGAUUUCUGGUUAUGCCCAAAAUGGUUGUGACACUGAAACUCUAGAGUUCUUUAGCUUGAUGCAAAGGGAAGGUGUUCAACCCAAUAGAGUAGGUUUCCUCAGUGUGCUCUUAGUCUGUGGGCAUCUUGGGGCUCUAAAAAAGGGAGAAUUGUUCCAUGGUUUCAUAAUUCAGACUGGUUUCGAGUCUGAUGUAUCAAUAACGACUGCACUCAUAGACAUGUAUGGGAAAUGUGGGAGCAUGGACAUGGCUGGCCUCUUGUUUCAUCAAACUGGGGAGAGAGAUGUUGUUUUAUGGAGUGCCAUCAUAGCCUGCCAUGGCAUGCAUGGCCAUGGGAGAGAGGCAAUCUCUCUCUAUGAUGAGAUGAUAAAAACUGGCAUGAAACCCAAUGAGGUCACGUUCACUUGCAUUCUCUCAGCUUGCAGCCAUUCGGGUCUUUUAGAGAGAGGUCGAACAUAUUUUGAAUCCAUGAUCAAAGACUAUGGAAUCAAGCCCAACAUGAACCAUUACACAUGCAUGGUCGACCUUCUCGGUCGAACUGGCCUAUUAUUCGAGGCCGAAAAUCUCAUAAAAACCAUGCCUUAUGAACCUGACGCUAGUGUUUGGGGAGCUUUGCUUAGUGGCUGUAGAAUUCAUGGUAAUAUGCACCUGGGAGAAAGAGUUGCAGAGAAGCUCCUAGAACUGGACCCCUCUCAUGCUGGGUACUAUGUCCUAUUGUCGAAUCUCUAUGCUGCUAGAUCAAGAUGGAGAGAUGUAGAUAGAGUGAGAAGAUUGAUGCUACGGAGAGGAGUGAAAAAGCCACAAGGAUUUAGCUUGUUUGAGCUCGAUAACUAUGUUUACAUGUUCGGGGUUGAGGACAGAACGAAUCCACAAUCAGAAAAGGUGUAUGCUUUGCUCGAGAGCUUGGCUUCACGAAUGAGAGAAUUGGGCUAUGUUCCAUUGAUUGAAUUUGCUCUCCAUGAUGUAGAGGAGGAGACAAAAGAAGCCUCACUUGUUUAUCACAGUGAGAGGUUGGCCAUUGCCUUUGCACUUUUGAACACAAGGCUAGGGGCCACCAUUCGAAUCACUAAGAAUCUUCGAAUUUGUGGAGAUUGUCACAGUGCAACUAAGUUUAUAUCGAAGAUUGUGGAGAGGGAGAUAAUUGUGAGGGAUAUGAACAGGUUCCACCAUUUCAAGCAUGGCGAGUGUUCUUGUGGGGACUAUUGGUAAUGCCUUUGACAGCAAAUAUUAUGAAAAUCGAGUAGGAAAAUUAUUUGUAUGGCAAAAGAGUGUGAAUCCAAAGAAGCCUCACUUGCUUAUCACCGUAAGAGGGUGGCUAUUACCUUUGCAGUUUUGAACACAAGGCUGGGGGCCACUGCUCCAAUCACUAAGAAAAUUCGAAUUUGUGGAGAUUGUCACAGUGCAACUAAGUUUAUAUCGAAGAUUGUGGAGAAGGAGAUAAAUUUGAGGGAUAUGGACAGUUUCAACCAUUUCUAAGAUGGAGAGUAUGAAAAAGAGAAAAAAACGUGUGUACAUAGUACCAGAGGAGACAGAUGGUAAAUUGGCCUUGCAGGAGCAUACCUUGUUUUUUAAAUGCUUCAAACAGGGGAAAACAAAUUAUUUCAUUGUAUCUACGCAGAAAUCAAAUUUCAGCCGUUUUUAGUCGGAUGGAUGUUGCCUCAGAAGCUUCCUAUGCCAUAUUGUACACAAAACAUGGGUUUGCAUAUCCUAGGAUCCAAACGGAGUAGUUAUAAAAAGGUGAAGCCAUGAGCACCGACCUAUUUGAUACAAGGGAUUGUCUACAAAGACACAUGUGUUU